CUAGAUGAGAAUGAGACAUCAAAAAUUUUCAGAAGUGCCCAAGUGACUCAGAAGUGACCAUCCGAUACGUACCAGAAAAAUCCAAAGACAAAAUUAUCUCUGAUGAAGAUGUCCUUGAAACACUGCUGAAAAUCUUUAAAGCUCUGUUCGUAAAUAACUUUAGUAGACAAAUGGACUUCCUUGCCUUACUUCCAGAAGUUAAAUCCGAAUAUCUGAAAUUACUGACUCUUCAGUAUAAGAGAUCAAAAACAACUGGUUACAACCAUCAAAGUCAAAAUAUCUUUAAUCCAGAAGAAGUUCUGUUUAAUACAUUAGGGUUCAGUAUUACUCGAGAUCAGAGUUCACUGAUUUCUGCUGGAACAGGAGUCUUUGUUACCAAAGGUUUUGUGCCAAAAGGGGCAGUUGUAUCUAUGUAUCCUGGUACAGUAUAUCAAAAGUAUGAGCCCAUCUUUUUCCAGUCCAUUGGCAAUCCAUUUAUUUUUAGAUGCAUAGAUGGUGUACUUAUUGAUGGGAAUGAUAAAGGAAUAUCAAAAGCGGUGUACAGAUCAUGCAGCAAGAGGGAUCAACUUGGUCCUUUUCAAAUGAGUGACAUCACUUGGCUCACACCUGCUGUGCAAAAUCCACUGGCAGUAGGGCAGUAUGUUAACAACUGUUCACACAACAAGGCAGCCAAUGUCUGUUAUCAGGAGUUUGAUGUGCCUGAAUAUUUUCCAAUAGAACUGAAACAGUAUCUUCCGAACAUCACCUACAGCCAUGACAUGCUUAUCCCCUUGAGGUGUGUGGUUCUUGUCACUCUCAGAGAGAUUAAGCAAGGAGAAGAGCUUUUUUCUAAUUACUACACCAUUGUCAACUGAAUCAAUGAAACCAUGGAUUAAAGAAUUCUUUGCCAUUAAGAUAUUUAUUGUGUGUACACUUGGCAUCUGUGUAAUGGAGAGCUGUGCUUUCCAAUUAAAAAUGGGCUACAAAGCUAUAUUUUCAUGUAAAUAUUACUUCAAUUUUGAUACAGUUGUGGAGGUUUGCAGCUGUUUACAUCAUUAAGUUUACCGAUGCUAAUGAUACUGCUAGUUUAAUUGGUUUUCAGCUAACUGCACAAUAGCUCAUUAAAUUAAAAUCUAGUUUCUGAAUAUGC